AUGUCCACCUCGUGCCUCCCGUACCCACCGCACGCCUCCCGUACCCACCGCACGCCUCCCGUGCCCACCGCACGCCUCCCGUGCCCACCGCACGCCUCCCGUGCCCACCGCACGCCUCCCGUGCCCACCGCACGCCUCCCGUGCCCACCGCACGCCUCCCGUGCCCACCGCACGCCUCCCGUGCCCACCGCACGCCUCCCGUGCCCACCGCACGCCUCCCGUGCCCACCGCACGCCUCCCGUGCCCACCGCACGCCUCCCGUGCCCACCGCACGCCUCCCGUGCCCACCGCACGCCUCCCGUGCCCACCGCACGCCUCCCGUGCCCACCGCACGCCUCCCGUGCCCACCGCACGCCUCCCGUGCCCACCGCACGCCUCCCGUGCCCACCGCACGCCUCCCGUGCCCACCGCACGCCUCCCGUGCCCACCGCACGCCUCCCGUGCCCACCGCACGCCUCCCGUGCCCACCGCACGCCUCCCGUGCCCACCGCACGCCUCCCGUGCCCACUGCACGCCUCCCGUGCCCACUGCACGCCUCCCGUGCCACCGCACGCCUCCCGUGCCCACCGCACGCCUCCCGUGCCCACCGCACGCCUCCCGUGCCCACCGCACGCCUCCCGUGCCCACCGCACGCCUCCCGUGCCCACCGCACGCCUCCCGUGCCCACCGCACGCCUCCCGUGCCCACCGCACGCCUCCCGUGCCCACCGCACGCCUCCCGUGCCCACCGCACGCCUCCCGUGCCCACCGCACGCCUCCCGUGCCCACCGCACGCCUCCCGUGCCCACCGCACGCCUCCCGUGCCCAUCGCACGCCUCCCGUGCCCACCUCACGCCUCCCGUGCCCACCUCGUGCCCCAUCA